AUUUCAUUUUCACGGCGCAAUUCAUACACAUAUCCAUCAAGCUCUCACCUUCUCACAAUUAUGUCGCAAUCCCCUCAGCCUGUGUACCACUCAACCCACGACGCCUACGAUGCACUCCCAAGGGGCAACGACCCUCGCCCAGCCAAUGUAGACAGCUACUUCAAAGCGCAUCUCCAUUCAGCAAAUUAUCACCGCGCCUUAGAAACGAUCCACCGCGAUUCUCUUAGCGCAGGCCUACCAGACAUAGCCUGCUCCGCGCCACAAGCUAAAUUCCUCAUGCUCCAAGCCCGUAUGGCCAACGCAAAGCAUAUCCUUGAGGUGGGAACGUUAGGCGGGUAUAGUGCCGCGUGGUUAGCCACGACUAGCCCGGACACGAAAGUGACUACGAUCGAACUCGAGAGUCGCUACGCGGCAGUCGCGCGCCAGAACUUGAUCAAAGCUGGGUUAAGCGAGAGGGUUGAGAUCUUGCAGGGCUCAGGUCGUACUGUUUUGACGGAAAUUGAGAACCAGGUGCGUAGGGGCGAGCGGCAGAAAUUCGAUUUCGUGUUUAUUGACGCGAAUAAACCGGACAAUUUGGCUUAUUUCAAUGCCGCUCUGAGUAUUACCAAGGAGAGGGCGGUGAUUGUUGUUGAUAACGUUGUGAGAAAUGGGACGGUCGUAUCUGAGGAGGCAGCAGAGACAGACGACCGGGUUAGGGGAACGAGAGAACUGAUUGAGGCCAUUGGAAAGAUGGAAGGGGUUGAGGCGACGGCGAUUCAGACUGUGGGAGAAAAGAACUACGACGGGUUUCUGGUUGCAAUGAAGGACUAGGGAUGGCUACUGUUCUUAUGUUGGAGUUGGACAAGCACUCAAAGGAAUUUCAUUCACCCUGACCCCUCGCUCUAAGUCGAGACCCUAGAUUGAGGUACAAGUGUGAUAAUCCUUCCCUACAUAUGCAAGUAGAUGCAGCUAUUUGUAGUCACAAUAGCUGCCUUCUGCCUAGAGUCGUGGUGGAUAGGCUGCCUAGGCCUCGCCAAAACCCGCCCACUGCCCAAACCCGCCCGCGGAAACCCAGCCUGUUGAGUUAUAAGUGACGCUUGAAUGAUCGGAUAGUUGAUGGGAGCUGAUUGCGUUGUCUAGAUACAAAGAGGUACUAGUAAUCUACCGAAAUUACGUCCCAACGUAGUCGGUCCAAGCUCCUUCAUGAAAAAAAAGGUGAGCAAAUUUCGCCUCAGGGUAG